AUGGAUGAUGAGGCUGCCACAUCUUCUGUCCCAGAUGCUCCACAGAACAUGGUCCUCACAGUCUCCCAAGGAAACAGCACAGCUGUCAAGAUCCUGGGAAAUGCCUCAUCUCUUCCCAUCCUGGAGGGCCAGUCACUGCGUCUGGUCUGUGUUGCUGACAGCAAUCCCCCUGCACAGCUCAGCUGGUUCCGGGAGUCCCCAACCCCGAACGCCUCCCUCAUCUCCAGCACUGGAUACAUGGAGCUGCCUCAAGCAGGGACUGGAGAAGAAGGAGUGUUCACCUGCCAAGCUGAAAACCAGCUGGGCUCCCAGCAUGUUCUUCUGAAUGUCUCUGUUCACUGUGAGAGUGAGUAUGCUUGUGGGGUGGAGGGAGACACCUGGUGCGGAGAGGAGGGACUCUGGAAGGCAGACUCCCUUAGGCAGGGGCCAGAGAUGCUGCCACUGCUGCUGCUGCCCCUGCUGUGGGGAGGGGCUCAGAUCUCCUCUCUCUCCUCCCUAACCCUGACGCAAUCACUCAGCAUACAGAUCCCAGGAAUUCUGGAGUUUGACUGCCCUAGGAAUCUGACUUGCACUUUGUCCUGGGCCGGUGAGCAGGGGACGCUCCCCAACUUCUCCUGGAACUCAGCUGCCCUCACCUCUGUGGUCCCCAGGACCCACCUCUCCUCGGUGCUAACCCUCUCCCGAAGGCCCCAGAACUAUGGCACCAGCCUCACAUGUCAGGUGACCUUUCCUGCCGUUGGUGUGACUGAAAAGAGGACCAUCCAGUUCAAUAUCUCUUAUGUGUCACAGAACAUGGCCAUCACAGUCUUCCAAGGAAAUAGCACAGGCUUCAACAUCCUGGGAAAUGCCUCAUCUCUUCCCAUCCUGCAGGGCCAGUCCCUGCAUCUGGUCUGUGUUGCUGACAGCAAUCCCCCUGCAGAGCUAACCUUGUUCCGGCAGUCCCAAACCCUGAAUGCCUCCCUCUUCUCCAACCCUGGAUACGUAGAGCUGCCUGAAACAGGGGCGGCAGAAAGAAUGUUUACCUGCCGAGCUCAAAACCAGCUGGCCUCCCAGCAUGUUCUUUUUUUUAAAAAAAAAAUAAUUUUUAUUGUGCUUUAAGUGAAGGUUUACAAAUCAAGUCAGUCCCUCACCCAAAAACCCAUAUACACCUUGCUACACACUCCCA